AUGGCUACGUGGAGUGAAAAUGUUGGCGAUCUAGCUGCCAAAUCUUCCGCGAGACCAACGCCUACGGAACCGCCACGAGCUCUCCUUAGCGGCCCAACGACUGAGUCAACAAUCAUGCCUAUCGACCCUUCUGACGAUUUGUCGUGCCUGCGGCCUUCCCUCGAAACGAAACACCCAUUCAAAGAGAACUCCAUAGGUGAACCUGAACUCUCGAGGCCAGCGUUGGUGACAAGACAGUCUCCCAGACAGCUUCAAUACCCCAGGUCUGAACAACGUACAUCGUCACUCCAACCCACACAUCGACGAGCGAGGACAGAUCUAUUUUUGCCUAAUAGACAUAGCAUCGCUUCGACAUAUGCAUUGGAGGAUGUUGUGCUUAGUACGGAUCAAGAAACGCCCAAGUUGAAAUCAGGCAACGGAAACGGACUGUUUGGUGGGUUAUUUCAAGGGGAAUCGACACCUAUUAGGCUUGGAAUAGUUCCCUCGCCUACUACAGAACAAGAUCAGCGAUCUCGCGGAUCCUCUCCGACACUUCAUAGCCACUCUUCGUCUCCGAAUAAGAAGAUGAACGUGCCAUCCCCGUUAAAGAACAUCACAUAUUCGAGCCCGUUUUCAUUUUUUGGCGCGAAGCAACAGAAGGAACAAUUGCCCAAGAUGCCGGAGCCCGCGGACGAUGAAUAUUUGAACCUUGAUAUUGACGCUAUUCUUUUCCGUACCGAUAUGCCCAACCUACCACCGGAAGAGGCGCUCGUGAAUUUCCAACGAAAUGCAGAAAACUUGGUUCGCCAAUUACAAAAAGCCUACAAGCAACGUACAUUCGCCCUGCACCAAGCACUCGCUGAGAAAAUUGAGCAAAAAGAGGAGCUCGAGGAGACCCAGUCAAGAUUUCAAAAUAUGAAAUCCCAGCUAGAUGGGAUGGCCGCCAAAGUAUUCGAGCAAGAAAAUGAAAUGAAAGCUCUGGUUGAAGAGCUAAAUAUAGAGCGACAGAAGCGGAAACAGGAAGAUGAAGCGCGACGGCGAAGCAUUGUGCCUGUUAGAAAGCUCGAUGAGGUUCCUGACCCGGCCGGAAUACAAAUUAGCCCUACCAAGAAACACUCUAAAUCCUCGAGCGGUGCUUCGAUUAUGAUUGAUUCUGGAUUCGAAUCCGCAGACGAAAGUAUUUCGGAGAGUAUUUUCUCUAAAGGAACGGACGAUACCGCUCCGACAAGACCAGCCUCCAUCAUAUCCACAACUCUUGACGUGCCGUCUCCUUCGACCUAUCAGCCAUCUCCGCUAAAACCUCGACCUCUUUCCCCAUCGAGGCCCUCAGCCUAUGAUAGGGUCCUCAAGGGCAUAUCCGCAGCCGGCUCUUCUCUCAGCACCCUGACUUCUUCCCGGUGUCCCAACUGCCAAGGAGGUAGAUCGUCGGAUCCUGGUCAUGUUGCUACUAUACUGCAAGAGGAGAACCGCGUCCUAAAGUCACGAAUCACCGAACUUGAGACUGCUAUUGAAGAGUGUAUUACUCUUGUUGGGGGAUGA